AUGUCGACGCGAACUAGGUCGAGAACACCAGCCCAGGUUCAAAUGGCGGCGAUAAUCACAAUGUACGUUCAGCACAUCAUGGAAUUGCAGGCUGGGUUACGAGAAGAGUUGGUUGAAGUGAAAGUUGCACCCCCCACCGAGUCCUUUCCGUCAUUUGAUUUCUUUUGUGCCGAGUUCGUGCCUGGUAUAUCUGUUGAAAAGUACGUUCAACGACUCGUAACCUACAUGAGAUGUUCACCUGAAGCGUACAUUUUCGCACUUGCGUAUAUUCGGCAUCUUUUUAUCUGUGGUUUUCCCCUACAUUCACGUUCUAUUCACCGUGUUCUCCUUACUGCCGUUGUAGUUGCAGCCAAAACGAGGGAUGAUCUUUAUUGUUCAAUGAGUUAUUAUUCUCAGGUGGGGGGUGUGAGUAAACAUGAUCUUAACAUGAUGGAACUUCGUUUUCUAGUAGAUUUGAUUGAUUUUAAAGCAGAGGUGCAUCCAGAUGAGUACAGAUCUGUAUGCAAUGAUAUUACCGCAGUUGAAUCAAUCAAAAAAAAUUGCAGCAGCGCAUCUGAUGUCUGCGAUGUCACGGCUAGUAACUCUCCAUCGGAGCUUGAUGAAACCGUGUCAAAUUCGAAGCCACAGUGGAUGACGGAGUGCCAGUUAUACUGGUGA